AUUUCACUGCCGUUUAUGAUGAUGAAGAAGAAGAAGAAAAAAUAACCGCCUCUCCAUGGAUACAAGGGACGCCCGAGUGGUCGCUAUGCUAGAAUGUAACGGCUCGAAGUUGGCAUAAUUAUCAACCCUAUUGAUGUGAACUUGUAAUAACCUAUGAAGGGCCUCGAGGUGCAUCGUGUGGAGCUAACCUAGCUAGGUUAGCUAACUAACGUUGACUCUCCUGAAGGAUGAAGCCGUCCCAAACUGGGCGAGCUACUGCUCAGCCGAGGUGUGAACGUGUAGCUAACAUUAGCGUUAUGGGUCGACGUGUGUGACGUUAUAGUGAGCGUCAGUGUGAGUAAGAGCGUCGGUUCAACGAUGUGGAAACAGGGCGGUCGAAGCUCCGCUCUGGACCGAGCUCAGGCGCUGUUGUCCGCUAAGAGGAGCACCAGGGAGGACGCCGAGUCCGUUCGGGGGUCGACGGGAAAUGCAGGUGCCGUUGGUGGAUCCUUGAAAACCAAACCCGCUUCCUCAAAUACACGCCCUGUACUCUCAGACCUGAGUGACCUGUCCUCGGUGAGCUCAGCCCCUGAGCAUGGAGGUGACACCACGCUGGGCUUCGCUGCUGCUGCUGCUGGGAAGACCCAGGGUCUCAGACCUCAGAGCUCUCCGGUUGAAGGAGGGAGCAGGUUCUUGAAGAAAGCUCCACCACCUGCAACCAUCAGUGGCCAGUCACCUGUCAGCAAGAGCCAAGUGCAGCAGGUGCCUGAACACAUGUACAGAAAUAUGUCAUCUUCCCAGCAGGGCUCCCAGACGGCUGCUCUGAGUAAACUGGCUCAGAUUGAGAGCCGCAUCCGCAGCCGCAAACAGGUUCAGGAAGAGGCCAGGCGGGGGCCAAAACCUGUGGAGAACCAAACCUCGGGCGUGGGAAUCUCCCCGCCACCAGCCGCCCAGUCUCUGGAGGCCCCUGUGCCACUCUCAGCACAGUCCAGCAGUGACCAGAGCCUGAAGGGGAUCCGUUUCCUCAAGAACAAGGCAGCUGUGACUGUCAACAAUAUUACUACCGCCACUGCUGCUGCUGCUGCUGCUGGGUUGCCAAAAGGCGGCGACGUUGGUGUCAGGUCCGGGUCCAGAGCUGCUUUGGCAGGUUUGGAGGCAAAGUCGGUGAGAGUGGUGAGUGGUGUCAGUCUGGAAAGUGAUGAAGAAGACAUGAGGAAACUUCUCGGAGACUCAUUGGAUUCAGUAGGCGACAGUGUCUUGGUACCAGGGAGACCCUCAUCCAUGAGAACAGCAGAUGAGAUGGUUCACUCCUCACCUCCUCCAGCUGCUGUCCUUCCCUCAUCGUCCUCCAAUACAUCACCACCGCGCUACCCUGCCUCUCCUUCUCCUUUCCGAUUCUCCGGUCAGACUCGGGCCCACUUCAGCCCGUCCGUGCUCUCCCCAGCCCCCUCUACUCCCCGUGUCUCCCCAUCUCCCAGGGUGGGGAGUCCACAGUGUUCCCUCUCCUCCGUGUCGGGCCGCGGGGACGUGCUGUCUCUGGAGGAGCUCUUCUCUGGCGGGCCCGCCUCCGAAGAUACCCACAGUGAGAUCAGUACCUCUGAAGACUACAAGAUAAAUGUGAUGACAUUAGACGACCUUGGAUUUACUGAGAGAACGCCAGGACAGGAGAGAGAAGUCAAACACAGCGUCCCUCCUCCCGGAUCCCAAAACAGACAUCUAGAGCGGCCGCGGUUGAAGGAGAAGAAAGAGGAGCGGCGGUGGCAGGAGGACGACGUGUCGGACUACCAAAGUGACUUUGAGAGCGGUACAGAGCCUGAUUACAGCGUCAGCCAGGUUUCAGAGCACCUCCAAGGAGAUGGAGAGGAGGCGGUAUCAGAGGUCAGAGAGGAGGCUUCACAAUCAGAUGCGUGCCGUGUGAGGACCGAAGACGAGUACUCGAGCGCUCUUUCAGACACAAGUCGCUCCUGGACCUCAGAUCACAUUCAAAAAUCCGACUCCGGAUCCUCAGUAUCACCUGAAAGCCGGACAUUAUCUCGCCAGUCAAGGAGGCGAGCUUCAAGAAAAGUUUUAAAAGAAACGGCAGUACAGACUCAGCCUGAUCCUCUGGAUUACACAUGGCAUGCGGGUGUGGCUGCUUUGGGUCCUGCGGUGGGCAUGACUUACCUGGAUCCCACCCCAGUGGUUGCUCAUAGUCUCAGUGCAGAAAUGGUGGAAGCUCUCAGCAUCUCCAACCCAGCUGUAUUUGCGCUCAAUGAAAUGCUGAAACAGCAACUUGCCAUGACGAGGCGGUUCAUCGAAAGCAGGCGACACCUUCACUCCAGCCUGGUGCAGAGCCUGGGACCCCCGAACUACAGAUACACCACGCUGGAGGACACCAAGGAGUACAUCCGCAAGCACAGACCUCCCCAACUGAAAAUGGAGGAAGCCUUAGAAGAGGUGCUGCAGGGAUGAGACUACCAUCAUAUCUGACCUCUGGUGCUGAAUGUCCCCAAUUACUGGACAGCAGACACAUCUCCUCUUGUUAAAAUGUUUUUAUAAAUAAAAUCCUAUUUUUUCUAACAUUGAAGCAUUACUACAGACAUUUGCAAAAAUAUUAUCUUUGGUAUUUUAAAAGGUUACUAAAGAUGUUUAUCUGUGCAUUCUGAAAAACAAAAGUCACCGUCUGCAUUACAACACACUGUAUUUAUAGUUUAGGACACCACAUGGAUUCCUUCAUAAAUAAGCAACUAUUUAAAUAAAGAUGCCUGCAAGUGAAGUAACAAAAUGUUUAUUUUAAAAAUAACAUGUACGUAGUAUGUAUACAGUCAUAACAGAUGUUUCAGUCUUCAUCACGAUAACUUGACAUUUGAAUGAAAAGAGCAGGUUUUGACAUGAUCCAAAGACAAACUCCAGGAACAUGUAUUAGUGACGUGGUGUUGAAGGCACAAGUUCAGGUUGCAGUGCGAGUGGUCAGUAGGGGUCGUUAAAUGGGUAGUGAGGAUGUCCUGCAUCCCUGGGAACUCGUUCUCCCUCCACCUGCAACAUCCAAACCAAAAGUGAAUGAGUCUCUCUCUCUCUCUCAUGAUGUGUUCAUGUUCAUUGGUUAAACCGGGCCUUUUCCAAAUCAAGUCGGGUGCUUUCCCUCUUACACAAUCACCGCUUUGGCUUUCCACCAAACUGUUUGAGAAGGGCUUGUCCACGGCAAGGCUUUCUCGGCCAAUACUGACAUUUUAAAAUUUGAGUUACAAGAGGACUGUAAAAAUGAAACGUCACAUUAGUUGAAGAGAGCGAGUACAUUAAGCCCACUCACUUGGAUCAUUGGUACGAUGUAGCGCCAGCCUCUGUUCAGGGCCGUAAUAUUCUUCAUUUCCUCUGCUUCAAGGGUGAAGUCAAACACCUUGACGACAAACACCGUGAGAACACAUCACAACAUAGUUGCUAUGGUAAACUAGAGUUGCUCCACGAACAUAGCUUCUCCUGCAUUAUUAGCUUUUAAGUACUUGCAAGCCAAAAAAAUAAAAAGGAACCUU